CUUUUCAACCAACCAAUAUUCUUAAAAAUAGACUCAGCAACUCAUAGUGACUUGCUGCACCAAAAUAAAGAAAAAGCUCAUAUAUUUAUAGAUUUACAAUAUAUUUUCAUUUAUAUGCUGCAGAGAUGCCUAACCAUUCUUUAAAUUUACAUUCCUACAAUGAAGACGAGAUAAAGCAAUUUCGAAAACAUUUAAUAGAUUUUUAUGAGGAAACAAAGCGCGUAUUGCCAUGGAGAAAACAAGGAUGCGAUCUUCCACACAAAGACGCACCUUUAAACGAAUGGGAAACCCCUAUACAACGGCUGUAUGAAGUUUUGGUAUCAGAGAUUAUGUUACAACAAACGCGCGUAGAAACCGUAAAGAGAUAUUAUAAUAAAUGGAUAGAAACUCUUCCUACGCUCAAAGCUUGUGCUGAAGCCGAUUACAAUACACAGGUCAUGCCUUUAUGGUCAGGUAUGGGGUUCUACACCCGUUGCAAACGACUGCAUCAAGCCUGUCAGUAUUUAGCUGGACUGAAACCAAGCGAAAUCCCUUUAAGUGCUGAAAAGUGGGCCAAAGAUAUCCCUGGUGUUGGUCCUUACACGGCUGGUGCUGUAUUGAGUAUUGCAUGGAAGCAACCUACUGGAAUUGUGGAUGGAAAUGUGAUCCGUGUUUUGAGUCGAACCCUUGCCAUUCAUAGUGACUGUAGCAAAGGAAAAGGAAAUACUUUAAUUUGGGAAUUAGCGAAUGCAUUGGUAGAUCCACAGCGUCCGGGUGAUUUCAACCAAGCAUUGAUGGAGCUAGGUGCCGUCACCUGUACUGCUCAAAGCCCUCAAUGUUCGAUUUGCCCUGUUUCGGAUAUUUGUAAAGGCUAUAAAGAGCAAGUCAUUAUUUCAGAUAAACAGAAGCUAAAAUAUGACAUCGAGGAUGGGCCCUGUAACGUUUGUGCAUCAGAUCCCCCGUCUGCUGAAACCAUGCAAAAUUGGGUGGUAAGUAGGUACCCAAUUCGACCUCAAAAGACAAAGCAAAGGGAAGAAAGAGCCUUAGUCGUGAUAUUUCAAAAGACGGACCCAGAAACGAAAGAAAAAUUAUUUCUGAUACGAAAGCGACCAACAGUAGGUCUUUUAGCGGGAUUAUGGGAUUUUCCAACAAUCGAAUAUGGUGAAGAUGCCUGGCCAAAAGACAUGGAAGCCGAAUUCCAGAGGUGUCUAAAAAUAUGGUUGGACGAAGAAAACUUAUGUGUAAAAAAACAUCAAUCACGUGGAAGAUAUCUUCAUAUUUUUAGUCAUAUAAGAAAAACAAGCCAUGUAUUUUUUGCUAUCGUGACCGCUGAUACUAAAACGAAAGAAGACUUUUUUUGGAUAUCUCAAUCGGAUUUGGACCAUGUAGGUAUGUGUGAGCUCGGACUAAAAAACUACCGGGGAGCCUUGGAAUUAAAAAAGAGAAAACUUACUACUUUGUCUAAUUUCAAAUCCCCUACCCUUAUUUCGGCAAAACAGCAGAAUGUGAAAACAGAAGCCUAAGCCUUUCUUUUGUUCGUUUCCAAUUCUUCCUUUAGUUCUUCCAUUAAUUUAUUUGGAAAGUAUUCAUGAUUCCACUCAUCAACCUUUCCUCCUAAUAUCUUUGUAUUUUCAGAAGUGAGAAGCAGAGUUCCCCUCUUUAUCUGGGCAUUCUGAAUGAUGAGCUUUGUCCCCAGGUCUGUGUCGAGUUGGAUUCCCGGAAUCGGCUUCCAUUCCAUACCAUAAAAUCUUUGUCCGUUUGCGUCUUCUAAGACCAAUCGGCACAUACACUUGAACCCUUUUCCGUCGAAUAUGGCUUCUUGCGCCUCAGCAAUACCGCUGUCAUCUCCUUCUUUAUCUUCUUGAUCAUCCUCAUCCACUUGCCGAAUAAUUUGCUGGCCUUUUAGCUUUUUCCGUUCUUCCAGCUGGUUCAAAUACUCAAGCUGGCUUACGAUACUUUUCCCAAUUUCCCUAAUUCUGACCACUUGUACCAACAGCGGUUUUGAAAGUGUAAUAUUAUGCUGGUCGGAUAUAGCAUAUGGUGCAGCACCUGCACUAGAUGUAGAAGCACGAAUAUCGGAUGCUACAAAAAAAGGGAGAACGAGUUCGGCGGUUAUGUUUUCUCUAACAUAUUUCCGUUGAUGGACUAGGUGGUUCACGACUAAUAAGAGCCACGAGUCCUGUAGUGGAAUACCUCUUUGUUCCAAUUCUCUAAGCAGCAAUGUAUUUGUCAUCCUUGCUUUUUGUUUUUCUACUACUUUAAAGUCAAGUAUAAGGUACUGCGGGAGUUUUCUCAGAGAAGUCCAAAGGAACCAUUGAAUUGCAAGUAGCUACAGCAGGCGUGGUCUCUGAUAAAUCCUUUUUUUUGAACAAAAUUUACUGUACAAUAACUAUGUAUCUUAAAUGAUUGUGCUGUCCCCACUAAUAUACAAAUAAAAAAACAAUUCGAGAUGAAAUAUAUAAGGCG